GGAAGCGGAAGUGGAGGGUGCGCUUGGCGGCGGCGGCGGGAGCUGCGGAGUCGGGAAUCAAAACAAAGGGCCUGGGGGGGGUGGGGGGAAGGCGGUGGGGCCGGAAUGUGAGCGGAGGUGGAGCCGGCGGCUGAGGGUGGAAGAAUGAAAGAAAAGAAAGAUGAAAGAAUGUUGAACCACUUUGUAUGGCUGUAUGAUGGAAGGAAACGGAACUGAGAACUCCUGCAGUAGAACACUUGGAUGGCUUCAACAAGAUAAUGAUGCUAAGCCAUGGCUUUGGAAAUUCUCUAAUUGCUUUUCUCGUCCUGAGCAAACAUUGCCACUUAGUCCCCAAACGAAAGAUUACAUGGAGAGCAAGAAAGUUGCUGUGGAAUUAAAGGAUGUACCAUCUCCCCUUCAUGCUGGCUCUAAACUUUUUCCAGCAGUCCCACUUCCAGAUAUCCAUUCUCUUCAGCAACCUAAAAUACAGCUUUCAGCUGUCCCCAAAGUAAGCUGCUGUGCCCAUUGCCCUAAUGACCCCUCCACUUCGCCAAUGCGUUUUGGUGGUGGCGGUGGCGGAGGGACUGGUAGCUUGAUUCCCCCAGGCGCACUGUUAGACUCGCAAAGCACCAGGACAGUCACGUGUCAGGUGGGGUCAGGGUUUGCUUUCCAGUCUGCAUCUUCACUCCAGAGUGCCUCAGCUAGGAACAAUUUGGCCAGCGUUGCAAGUGACUUUCCCAGCAUGUGUCUAGAAAGUAAUCUCUCUCCCUGCAAACACCUGCCCUGUUGUGGAAAGCUCCAUUUCCAGUCAUGUCAUGGUAAUGUGCACAAGCUGCAUCAGUUUCCAGCUCUCCAGGGCUGCACCUCCUCCGCUGGCUAUUUCCCCUGUUCUGAUUUCACAAGUGGGGCUCCCGGGCACUUGGAAGAGCACAUUUCACAGUCGGAGCUAACGCCUCACUUAUGCACCAACUCUUUGCACCUAAAUGUGGUACCUCCGGUUUGUUUAAAGGGCUCACUUUACUGCGAAGACUGCCUCAACAAGCCGGCAAGAAAUAGUAUAAUUGAUGCUGCUAAAGUCUGGCCAAAUAUACCACCUCCAAAUACUCAAACUGCACCUGUUACUAUUCCUCUGUGUAAUGGCUGUGGAACCAAAGGAACAGGGAAGGAGACCACGUUGUUAUUGGCGACCAGUCUAGGCAAAGCUGCUUCGAAAUUUGGGUCACCAGAAGUUGCACUAGCCGGACAGGUGCUAGAAAACUUACCCCCCAUUGGAGUUUUUUGGGAUAUUGAAAAUUGCUCAGUCCCCUCUGGCCGCUCAGCUACUGCAGUUGUACAGAGAAUUCGUGAGAAGUUUUUUAAAGGCCACAGAGAAGCAGAAUUCAUUUGUGUGUGUGACAUCAGUAAAGAAAACAAAGAAGUUAUUCAAGAGCUGAAUAAUUGCCAGGUAACCGUUGCCCACAUCAAUGCUACUGCAAAGAACGCUGCUGACGACAAGCUCCGCCAGAGCCUCCGAAGGUUUGCAAAUACUCACACUGCUCCCGCCACUGUGGUUCUUGUGUCAACUGAUGUCAAUUUCGCAUUGGAACUUAGUGACCUGAGACACAGGCAUGGUUUCCACAUAAUUUUGGUCCAUAAAAACCAGGCCUCAGAAGCACUGCUGCACCAUGCUAAUGAGCUGAUCAGAUUUGAAGAAUUCAUUUCCGACCUGCCCCCCAGGUUACCAGUAAAAAUGCCAUGCCACACUCUGCUCUAUGUUUAUAACCUACCAGCAAAUAAAGAUGGCAAGAGCAUCAGCAACAGGCUCAGACGCCUGUCCGAUAAUUGUGGCGGGAAAGUGCUAAAUAUCACAGGCUGCAGCGCAAUCCUCCGCUUCAUAAACCGAGAUAGUGCAGAACGGGCUCUGAAGCGAAUGGAAAAUGAAGAUGUCUUUGGUAAUAGGAUCAUCGUGUCAUUUACUCCAAAAAGUGGAGAACUCUGUGAAACAAAGAGUUCAAAUGCAACUGCUGAUAAAGCGAAGUCUCCCAAAAAACUUAAGAAUCCAAAAUUGUGCCUCAUCAAAGAUACAAGUGAACCAUCUUCCAGUGCCAAAGCCGCACCUGGAAAAGGGUCGCAGGCAAAUUCUGGAUCUGCUACCAAAACUACCAAUGUUAAAAGUUUACAGGAGCUAUGCCGCAUGGAGUCGAAGACUGGCACUCGAAGCAGUGAGCCCCAGCAAGGCCACCUGAGGCCGGUGGCACCUCCUCACAGAAAUUCAAGUGCUGCAGCGCCCACACCUAAAACCUCGGGGGUGGCAGAAUCCGUUUACAAAACCAAUCCAAAAAAAGAGAACCUCAGCACCCGCAGUGUUACCAGUUCUCCUGUAGAGAAAAAAGAUAAAGAGGAGACUCUGUUCCAAGUGAGUUACCCGUCUGCUUUUAGCAAGUUGAUCGCAUCCAGGCAAGUGGGUCCUCUGCUCACGCCUCAGUCUUGGUCUUCUCGCAGGAGUAUGUCUCCAAACCUCUUAAACAGAGCAUCCCCACUUGCUUUCAACGCUGCAAAUUCGAGCAUUGGUGCCGACUGCCCAGACCCAUUUGCAAAUGGUGCUGACAUCCAGAUCAGCAACCUAGACUACAGAUUGUCCCGGAAGGAGCUGCAGCAGCUCAUGCAGGAAGCGUUUUCUAGACACGGCAAGGUGAAGAGUGUUGAGCUCAGCCCCCAUACAGAUUAUCAGCUCAGAGCUGUUGUUCAGAUGGAAAACUUACAAGAAGCAAUCAGUGCGGUGAAUAGCCUCCACAGAUACAAGAUUGGCAGCAAGAAGAUCCUGGUCUCACUUGCCACAGGAGCUGCUAAUAAAUCACUCUCUUUACUGAGUGCAGAAACAAUGUCCAUUCUUCAGGAUGCUCCCGCCUGUUGUCUGCCUCUUUUUAAAUUUACAGAUAUCUAUGAAAAAAAGUUUGGACACAGGUUGAAUGUGUCAGAUUUGUAUAAACUAACAGACACAGUCGCAAUCCGUGAACAAGGAAAUGGCAGACUGGUGUGUCUCUUACCCAGCAGUCAGGCCCGCCAGAGCCCCUUGGGGUCUUCCCAGUCACAUGACGGCUCCUCAACAAACUGCAGCCCAAUUAUAUUUGAAGAGUUAGAAUAUCACGAGCCUGUCUGCAGGCAGCACUGUCCCAAUAAGGAUUUCAGUGAACAUGAAUUUGAUCCAGACUCUUACAAGAUUCCUUUUGUGAUUCUCUCGCUGAAGACGUUCGCGCCCCAGGUUCAUAGUCUUCUGCAGACACACGAGGGCACCGUGCCUUUAUUAAGUUUUCCAGAUUGUUAUGCCGCAGAGUUUGGUGAGCUAGAAGUAGUGCAGGAAGACCGCGGCGGGGGUGUUCCCUUGGAACACCUCGUCACCUGCGUGCCAGGUGUGAACAUCGCCACUGCACAGAAUGGCGUCAAAGUAGUUAAGUGGAUUCACAACAAGCCCCCGCCUCCAAACACAGAUCCUUGGCUUCUGCGUUCUAAAAGUCCUGUGGGUAACCCCCAGCUGAUCCAGUUCAGUAGAGAAGUGAUCGAUUUACUGAAGAGCCAGCCAUCCUGUGUCAUACCGAUUAGUAAUUUCAUCCCAUCUUACCACCAUCAUUUUGCAAAGCAAUGCCGGGUAUCAGACUAUGGAUAUUCCAAGCUGAUCGAAUUGUUAGAAGCAGUGCCUCAUGUGUUGCAGAUUCUUGGAAUGGGCUCCAAACGCUUGCUGACCCUUACCCACAGGGCCCAGGUGAAGCGCUUUACUCAGGAUUUACUAAAACUUCUCAAAUCCCAAGCCAGCAAACAAGUCAUUGUGAGAGAAUUCGCGCAGGCUUAUCAUUGGUGUUUCUCAAAGGACUGGGAUGUCACCGAAUAUGGUGUUUGUGAGUUGAUUGAUAUCGUAUCAGAGAUUCCAGACACAACCAUCUGCUUGUCCCAGCAAGAUAAUGAAAUGGUGAUUUGUAUCCCCAAAAGAGAACGUACCCAGGAUGAAAUAGAAAGGACAAAACAGUUCUCCAAGGAUGUUGUGGAUUUGCUGCGACACCAACCCCAUUUCCGGAUGCCCUUUAAUAAAUUUAUCCCCUCUUACCAUCACCACUUUGGCCGGCAGUGCAAACUCGCAUACUAUGGGUUUACCAAACUACUCGAACUUUUUGAAGCCAUACCUGAUAUUUUACAAGUAUUGGAAUGUGGAGAAGAAAAAAUCCUCACUUUGACAGAGGUCGAACGGUUCAAAGCUCUAGCUGCCCAGUUUGUUAAACUCCUUCGGUCCCAAAAAGAUAACUGCCUUAUGAUGACAGAUCUGCUUACAGAAUAUGCUAAGACUUUUGGUUACACAUUUCGUCUCCAAGACUACGAUGUCAGUUCAGUUUCGGCUCUAACACAGAAACUCUGCCAUGUUGUAAAGGUUGCUGAUAUGGAAUCUGGCAAACAGAUUCAGCUGAUCAACCGCAAGUCUCUGCGUUCUCUCACUGCCCAACUGCUGGUAUUGCUGAUGUCUUGGGAGGGAACUGCCCAUCUUUCUGUUGAUGAGCUCAAGAGACACUAUGAAACCACCCACAGUACUCCUCUCAACCCCUGUGAAUAUGGGUUCAUGACUUUGACCGAACUUCUGAAGAGUCUGCCUUACUUAGUUGAGGUUUUUACUAAUGAUAAGACGGAGGAGUGUGUGAAGCUCACAAGUCUGUAUUUGUUUGCCAAGAACGUGCGGUCUUUGCUUCAUACUUACCACUACCAGCAGCUUUUCCUUCAUGAAUUUUCCAUGGCCUAUACCAAGUAUGUCGGAGAAACACUGCAACCCAAGACGUAUGGCUACAGUAGUGUUGAGGAGCUCUUGGGAGCGAUCCCACAGGUGGUCUGGAUAAAAGGACAUGGUCAUAAGAGAAUUGUAGUGUUAAAAAAUGACAUGAAAAGUCGUGUGAGUUCACUUGGUCUCCCCUCUGCCAGUCAUGAAACCCGGCCCUCAGCUACCGAGCGCAUCCUGGAGGUGCCCGAGUCUCACACAGCCUUGGAACUCAAACUCAGAGCAGGCGGUGACGGGCCCCAUCCAGUGGAGCAGGAGCUCCUCCGCCUGACCAACGACUCCCCUGUGGACCUCUUGUGCGCGCCUGUCCCUUCGUGCCUGCCGUCCCCUCAGCUGAGACCGGAUCCCGUCAUCCUCCAGUCUGCUGAUCUCAUUCAGUUUGAGGAGCACCCCCAAGAGCCCUCUGAAAUUAUGGUUUUAAACCAAGAAGAGAAAAUGGAAAUUCCAAUACCAAUAAAGAACGAAAACCUGCCCUCUGAUUCCAGCUCAUCUGGCGUCUCAGCAGCCGUCCCAGUGCCUCCCUGCCUCUCCACGGAAACCCCAGAGUCGCUGCUCAGCACGGACCCUGUGGAAAGCCCAGCCAAAAAGCAACCCAAAAAUAGAGUAAAAUUGGCAGCCAACUUUUCCUUUGCACCUAUAACCAAGCUUUGAGUCUCGUUUUGAACAUAGAAUUAGGAUGGGAAAGCACUGUCUGAUUCUGCACACAAAAGUGGGUUCAAAGAAACCUUUUCUGUUUUAAUGAAGACCCCCUAGAAACCAGUUACUUCAUCUUUAGACAUAUUCCAUAAUGUUUUCUUUUACAUUGACACAGCUUUGAGCUGAAGUUUUUCUUUCAUUCUUUCCCCCACUUAUUUGGAAAAAAAAAAAAUCUGUCAUUUGUUAAAGAAUCCUUAAUAUAUUUUAACAAAUUUUUGUUAGUUACCAUGAAGCGUAAUGGUGUUCUGUAAGAAGACAGCAGUGAGAACUCAGCAAGAAGGAAGUGGUUUUACUUCCAUCAAGCCAUGUCAGUGGUAAAAUCUUACAUGUAGCAUAAUAUAGUCUCUAAGCCUUUGCUUACUGAUGUUUUCAGACAGUAUUAAUCAAAUGCAUGAGGUGUCUUUGAAGCAAAGCCUGUUCUGUGAUCCUGUGCAAUCACAACACUGAAGGAGAAGGGUGGGCGAGGCAGGAAGAAUGUAUUUUCUGGUUGGAUGUGAAGGCUCCUGGCUUCCAUGUGACUUGUAAGCGUGCCUUGUUUUUUAUUUAACUAUGUCUGUAGUUGAAAAAUGUGGCUUCAUCACAGAUUUUUUAAAAUGUUUCCACUUUGGGGUUCCAUUUAGGAGCUUUCUAGAAAGUCAAGGAUGUUUUAAGCUUCCCUUUUAAGUUCCAGUUUGAUAUGGAUUAGGUUAAGGAAAAGGAGAUGGUCUUGGUGUCAUGAAUUUAAAGUCAGCAUUUGAAUUCCAACACACAUUAUUGUGUGUCGAGAGGCAAUGUUGGGAAGAGAGUCUGAUUUUCUAAAAUAUGCAUCAAAUGCAUAAAUUACAAAUCAGAGCUGAGGGAGGGAGGUGCUUUAACAGGAACAGUAUCAAUGCUCUUUCCACUAGGAAGAGACAGAAAUUCUAUCUAUACAUAGGAAGGCCAAGGUUGAUCAACUUAACCUUGUAUUCAUAAUUUUAAAGCUGGUUUUGGUAGCUGGGAAGCUUUGUGUGUGAGUAUUUGUGUGUUUGUGUCUGUUAACUCAGUGUCUUUUAAUAGUGUCUGCUUUUACUCUGUUACUUCUCGCUGUUGGAAGCAUGUGUGGGUUUUUUUGUGGUGUCUGAUGUUGGCAUUUGGGAAAAGCCAGCUUUUGAGGGAGCACUGCCCUGUGGAAUGACCUUCGCCUUGAGGUGGCUGAGGCAUCCGGUGACGGGCGGCCUCUUACGCCUCCUGGAGAAACCUGACAUUUACAAUGGGUUGUAUUUGUUGGGCAAAAAGGCGGAUUCGUUCAUAGAGCAGAAAAAACCUGUAGGCAUAAGGUCUUCCACUAGUUAGAUGGUUUCUUUUGGGGAAAUGAUUAUAUUUUGUAACUUCUAGAAAGCCAGAAAAUGGGCUCUGAUUUUAUAGCCAGCAUUUUGAUAAAAUGCCACAAGAUAAGGGCUAUUGAGAGAUUUUUACAAGUAAGACUUUUUGUUCCCCAAAUCUUUUAAAUGAAGCCAGUGAUUCCCAGUUCUCAGCACAUGGCCCCAACCAAGAUGGAACGGCCCUGGGAAAGCCUUCUAGGCAUCAUGGCACUCUUGAGUCCUCCCAAAGGCAUUUCCUCUACUGACACAGUGUGACAGGAAGUAAAAUGCAAAGGUGCACUUUUUUUUAAGAAGCUUUUAAACAGUGUGACAAAGUUGGUGUUGAGAACAUCAGUGGCCUUAUUCUGAGAUUUCAUAAGGCUGAGUUUGCACACGUGGACUUUAGUUUUGCUCGAAGGUAAAGAAUAUGGACUUUAAAGAUGUAAGAGGCACCAUUACAAGUCACUAGGUACAGCCUCAAAGAGCAGCUUCUUUGGGCAACAGACAAAGAAGAGACUGGAGUUGUGCGCUGUGGUGUGGGUGUGGUUGAAUCGUUCACUGGAGUCACCUGUCAGCCUGGGACGCGUGUGUGACUCCAACAAUCGCUGUUUGAAGAUGUGAGAAUACAGCGAAGCUCGUUGUGUUCGUAAUGUACUCCACAAUGGCCAGUCCAAUUGCUAUCUAUUUUUUUUAUCUAGAGGUUUAAUUGAAUGAUGUGACAAAAUGAUGUAUGAGAAUUAAGACAAUGAAAUUCUUUAUUUCUGGGUGGAAAGAUGUACCAGAUUAGAUUUAUCUGUUUAAAAAAAGACAAAAGUUAUCACCAAAACCCCCUUUCCCAUCUGGCACUGUUUGUUUUGGAUUGAGCUUGGGGGAAGAGAUGUUUUUCUUAACUGUCUACUUUGUUUGAACACUUUUUCUGUGGUUCAAGUGCUGUUUUGUGUGUUGGGACCAAACAGUUGUCAAUAAACUUUAAAAGCAAGCAUCAAA